UCAAUACAAGUGCGUCCUCCUCGCACUGGGGAGGAGUCAGUGUCAUCACUAUUUGAUAGGGCUCCUAGGUCUCCUCAUUCCUGGACCUUUUUCCAGGGGAUCUCUGGAGAUCGGGUCCUUUUUUGGGGCCCUGACCCACUCUGCCCUCACUGUGUACCUUGGAGACCCCAGAGUCCAAUAAAAUUGCUGCCUUCCAGCUGUUUUGACCACAGAAAGGCUUUCGCACUGCCAUAAGGCGCCCCCGUGAGGCCGCUUCACCCCCCACCAUGUUCCAGCGCUUCACCAGCCUCUUCUUCGGCACCCCUCCGCCCGCCGAAGACCCCGACUGUCCCCACGCCUUCGUCUCGGAGGAGGAUGAAGUGGACGGCUGGCUCAUCAUUGACCUGCCCGACAGCUACGCGGCUCCACCCAGCCCCGGGGCCGCCCCAGCCCCCGCGGGCCGCCCUCCGCCCGCGCCCUCCUUGAUGGACGAGAGCUGGUUUGUUACCCCUCCCGCCUGUUUUACUGCAGAGGGGCCUGGACUCGGGCCCACCCGCCUCCAGAGCAGCCCCCUGGAGGACCUCCUCAUCGAGCACCCCAGCAUGUCCGUUUACGUCACCGGCAGCACCAUCGUGCUGGAGACCGGGCCCCCGUCCCCGCUCCCGGAUGCUGCCCUGCCUGACGGCGACCUUAGCGACGGAGAGCUGGCGCCCGCCCGCCGCGAGCCCCGGGCCCUGCGCCACGCCGCUGCUCCUCUGCCGGCGCGGGCCGUGCUGCUGGACAAGGCGGGCCAGGCGCGGCGGCUGCAGCGGGCCCGGCAGCGGGCCGAGCGCCAUGCGCUGAGCGCCAAGGUGGUGCAACGGCAGAACCGAGCCCGCGAGAGCCGUCCACGCCGGCCCAAGCACCAGGGCAGCUUUGUCUACCAGCCGUGCCAGCGCCAGUUCAACUACUGAGCGUUCGUCGGCCGCGCCACGAAUGCCGGCUCCGGAUCCGCGUCUGGCCCCUCCGCAGUAGCUCGAGGGGCAGCCGCGUCUGCCUUGGGCUGGACACCACAACCUCCCUCCUUCUUAAAGUAUGUGAGGUUGGGUGAUAGCCCUUCUUUCCUGGACUCCCUCUAUUACCCCAUCUCUGAUCCUCCAAUCUGCCUCUGGGGCCCCCUCCAGCCCCCUUUACCCUCGCUCCUUCUGGUCCUCACGCCCAGCAUCUAAUCCUCCAAUCCCCCCCCACUCCUGACCUUCUAUCCUUUUUUCUCUGACCCCCAUUCCUGUCUGUCCCCUUUACCCUCUAGUCCUCUACUCUGGCCCACCCCUAUUUCUGAGAGCCUCUUCCAGUCCCUGAUCUGGCUCAUUCCACCUUCAACUGUCACCUUACAUGACUCACCCUACCCCAUGUUUGGCAUUACAUUCACUCCUGUUCCCUUAUUAUUCAUUCCUAGGAAUCCCCUCCCAAAUAGAGGGGACCCUGAGCCCUGACCAGGUACAACCUGUGAGGCCCGGGCCGCUGUCCUUGCCUUCCUGUAAGGGCUCGGGCUUAGGCUCAGGGUUUUGCUUUUAGUUUCCCUCUUCCCUCUGCCCUGGGGGCUGGGCUCCUUGGAGCUGCUUAGGCCUGGAAAGGUAAAGUAUGUAGAAGAGGACAGUGAGAUGUGAGUUAGAGGGAGAAGACGGAGGGAACUGAGGGAAAGAGGCAGCCUACUGGAGAUGUAGACAGGACAGACAGGUUGAGAAGCUGCAGGGAGCAGGGCACCAUGGGAGCCUGCAUUGUGCUUGUUUAGAGAAGCCAAGCCCUGCUCUCCGGCUGAAGCCUGGAGUCUACCCCCACUUCCUUUUCCUAUAAUCCACUUCCCACAUCUCUUCCUGAAAUCUACCCUUCUGCAGAUCCCUGAGUCCGAAGGGCUUAGUUAGUACCUUACCACUCUACCCUUGACAUGCCACCCCAGAGUAGAAGCUAGGCAACGCUCUGCCAUCCUGGCUAUCUGUUCACAUGUCCAAGGUGCUAGAACUAGCUUAGGAGAGAUGCAGGCCAGAGGGCUUCUAGGCAGAAAGGGCACACACCCCAGGUAAAAAUGCAGAAGAAUGAUGCUGGAGAGGACACUGUGGGGUGAAGCCAUCCCAAGACUGACAGCUUAGCCUUCAUCUUGCCUCUGGCCUUGUAUUUCACCCUGCUCAGUAUGGCUAAUAAACACUCCUGAGUAGGAGACCAGGAGCCCCACAAUCCCCAAAUUGUCCCUAACCAGGUUCAGGGCCUUCAGGGGGCCUCUUCUCAUUUUCUCCCAAAGGGCUCUCUUUCUUUCUAGGCUGCUAGGGAGAAGUGGAUGCCCUAUGGUCCCCUUCCCCUUCUCCUCCGUUAAGUAUAUAGAGGAGGGAACCUGAAUCCCUGGGUAAGGCGAGGGGACGGGGCAGUCAGCUUUCCCUUCUCCUGGUGGGAUUGAAUUUUGGGCUCAGACACCAGCAACAGCCUCUUGGGAUGCCCCAAGUUGCUUCCUAUUUUCUCUUUCUAGCUGUCCUUAUUCAGUGUGUGCUCUCUUCCUUGAAACUUUUAAGAUUUCCUGUUACAUACUAACAUAGGUCUUCCCCCUCACCCCAAUUCUAGGUUUCCAGGCCUCACAGCCAAGCCGGGGCUUAGAGCAAAUUCUGCAUUCCCAUGAGGGCAAAGGCAGCUGCCCUCCCUGACUCUAUAGCUUCAGGCAUCAUUAUGUGAGAUAUGUGGGGAAGGGAUGGGGUAUCCCCAUGGAUGCUGGGAUGAGGUCGGAGGAAGACCUGUUGGGUUCUCCUAUCCCAGGGAAUAAGCUAAAUUGAUACUAAACACAGAUCAAAGUCCCCAUGCCAGUCUACUAGGGCCCCAGUAGUUGACAACCUUGUUCUGCUCCCCAAAUUCUUGUUACAACCUAGUCACUUUUAUUCUUCCAGCUACCCAUUGGGCACUUCACAGCCAGCCUAGGGUCUUUGGCACUUUCAAGAGUUGAAAUUCCCUCCAACCCUUACCUACUCCUCACUGCCAGCUGGGGCCUAGGCUCAGUCCUAGGCAGUGCCCAUGAUCCUUCUGGUGAGGAAAGAGUUUAAGUUAUAGGGCAUUUGGCUCAAAUUUCAAAAGGCCCUGCCCUUACCUAUAUUUCUGGAGUCUCCUGUAGUUCUAGAACCCUCCAAACCUCUCACCUGGCUGGUUGUAAGGCUCUUUUUUUUUGUACUUUCCUAUAGAUUCUGUAGCAUUUGAAUGUGGCAAUAUUUUAAUUGUGUAUAGAUUUCUAAGAACCAGCACUACUCAGUCUCCUGCUAGUCUGACUCCUGAAGCAUCAGACCUUGUCAUACUGUAUUGACUGUGUAUGUGCCUUUCACCUUGAGCAUGCUUCAGGAUUUUUUUUUUUAAACUACAGAACUUGAAUACAUGAGGGAACUAGAGUUCACAAAGUCCUAUGCAACCUUAGACAGGAGGGGAUUAGAGAGUCUGUCUUAACUGAUGUUUUCAGAGACCCUGGAGAGUUUGAACCAGUUUGUAUUAAUGUCAAUAUUACCAGCACUUUGCCAAAACUAAGUAUGUCAGAGGGACCCAUUUCUAGAGUGAGUCUCAGUUACAUCAAAGAGUGACUUCCAGUUAUUCCCUAGUAAGUCUGAGUGGUUCCUUCAAGUUGGGUGUCACUUUCCGGCCUUUGCCAGUCUAGCCCCAGCAGGGCACUAUGUGUGUAUGAAUGCAGUUUGGUGCUGUUUUAGAGUAUGCCUGCUCCCCAGUCCUCUGCCUGGAACCCUCUGGUCAACUUGCUCUGACCCAUAUGUCUUAGGUGCAACAGGGACCCCACCAGAGCUCUUGGAUGCCUCCCUAGAUCUGUGUGGCCUACAUGAGGGGACUGAAUACAGACACACCAUAGCCCACCUCCAAUACUUUCCCUCUUACCCUGCCACCUAAUUCCAAAUGGAACCAACAAGUUGAGUGCAUCCCUGUUGAGUGUUUUGUGUUGAGACUGGGUGAAAUAAGGAGACUUUGGUUGACCAUGUUGUGCUAUGUCAACAGACUCAAGAAAACAACCACCUUGACCUGGUCAUGUGGCAUGCCUGUGUAUGUGUGUAACAGGAUUCUGAUUGUUAGACUGUAAUGCUAUUCCUCUAUGGGAGAAAAAAAUUAAUAUAAAGAAAAAAAAUAAAAAUUUAUUUAAAGCACA